UAUACACCACAUCCAGCUUUAGGAUUCUUCUUCCCGUUGUCUGUACAUGCACCGUCGGUAUAUACAACCGCACUGUCAUCAUAAAUACCAGCGCGUGACAUAUUAUCAGUCAAUUUGCCCUUCUUAGUAGGAAUAUCAGGUCUAUCCUCAGCUUUACGCUUCAUCGUGUCUGAAGCCUUCUUCUUUGUAGAAUCUCGUGCUAUGAAAUUUAAAGCAUCGUCGUAGUUUUCAAAUCCUUUAAAUACCGCGCCAGGAAAUCCAGCAGUCUGUGAUUGACACUCUGGCCAGGAUUUGUAUAUACCGGGUUGCUUACCAUACUUUACUGCGUACCAAUUCUUUUUUGGCAUAGUUAACAAAUUCUUUAUCCUGCCAAACAAAACCGCAGACUUGCUCGUUUCUUAUAAACCACCAAGAUAUGGACUUUGAUCAUUUAGAAGUGCAGUCCAGCUACAGCUAUGACGAUUUGAAGGGCGAUCUACCUGAGCACGCGUGUAAUUAUUGUGGUAUUCACAAUCCAGCAUGUGUUGUGAAAUGUCAAAUAUGUCAGAAGUGGUUCUGUAAUGCUAGAGGUUCGACUUCCGGCUCACAUAUCGUCAACCACUUAGUUAGAAGUAAACAUAAGCAGGUUAUUUUACAUCAAGAAUCUCCACUUGGAGAAACUCAGCCUGAGUGUUACAACUGUGGUUCAAAGAAUGUCUUUAUGUUAGGUUUCAUUCCAGCCAAAUCUGACACCGUCGUCGUACUCCUAUGUAGACAGCCAUGUGCAGCUAUGACAGGUACACGUGAUAUUGUUUGGGACACCUCACAAUGGGCUCCCCUUAUAGAAGAUCGCAGCUUCCUCACUUGGUUGGUCAAAGUACCGUCAGAGACUGAACAACUCCGCGCAAGACAAAUUUCGUACAAUCAGAUCAAUAGACUCGAGGAACUUUGGAAGGAUGACCGCGCCGCUACCCUCGAAGACCUCGAUAGACCCGGCGUCGACGAAGAACCACAGCCGAUUCUCUUACGUUACGAGGAUGCCUAUCAAUACCAGAAUAUUUUUGGUCCACUUGUUAAAAUAGAAGCUGACUUUGAUAAGCGCCUUAAGGAAUCUCAAAGUCAACCAGAUCUUAUCGUCCGUUGGGAUAUUGGUCUCAAUCAAAAACGUGUAGCCUGGUUUUCUAUGCCAAAGCUAGAAUCAGGUGAAGUUAAAUUAGCAGUCGGUGAUGAACUUCGUUUGAGUUACCGAGGAGAUAGAGAUUGGUCUGGUAUUGGGCAUGUUGUCAAGAUUCCAAACAACGUAUCCGACGAAAUUGCUCUUGAAUUGCGCAGGCAAGAUGGUGUUCCAAUUGAUAUGACACAUGGCUUUGAAGCUGAAUUCGUCUGGAAGAGUACAUCAUUCGAUCGUAUGCAAUUGGCAAUGAAGACUUUUGCAGUCGACGAGCAAUCCGUCAGUGGAUACAUUUAUCACAAGUUACUCGGUCAUGAUUUGGAGCCACAGGUCGUGCGCACUCAGAUGCCAAAGAAAUUUUCUGCGCCAAAUCUUCCAGAACUGAAUCAUUCACAAAUGUAUGCAGUCAAAAGUGUUUUACAAAAGCCGUUGAGCUUAAUUCAAGGUCCACCAGGUACUGGUAAAACCGUCACAUCAGCCUCCGUAGUAUACCAUCUGUCAAAGAUGAACCCUGGACAGGUGCUUGUUUGUGCUCCAUCAAACGUUGCGGUUGACCAGCUUUGUGAAAAGAUUCAUUUAACCGGACUCAAGACCGUCAGAUUAACAGCUAAAUCAAGGGAAGCAGUAGACUCACCGAUUAGUUUCCUUACCUUGCACGAGCAAGUCGCCAACUCAACUCACCAUAUCGAAUUACAAAAGCUUUUCAUGUUGAAGAACGAGCAAGGAGAGUUAUCUUCAUCAGAUGAACGUAAGUUCAAGACAUUGACACGUGUAUGUGAGAAAGAAAUUCUCAAUGCGGCUGAUGUUAUAUGCUGUACUUGUGUCGGUGCUGGUGAUCCAAGACUCAGCAAGUUGAAAUUCCGCACUGUCUUGAUUGAUGAAGCUACACAAGCAGCAGAACCGGAAUGUACAAUACCAUUAAUUAUGGGAUGCAAACAAGCUGUUUUGGUCGGUGAUCACCAACAACUGGGUCCUGUUAUAAUGAACAAGAAGGCCGCAAGGGCUGGUUUAACUCAAUCAUUAUUUGAAAGACUAGUCAUGCUCGGUAAUAGACCUAUUAGAUUACAGGUUCAAUACCGUAUGCAUCCUUGCUUGUCUGAAUUUCCAUCAAACAUGUUCUACGAAGGUACUCUUCAAAAUGGUGUCACCGCUCCUGAACGUUUGAGAAAGAACGUUGACUUUCCUUGGCCUAUUCCAGAUACACCAAUGUUCUUUUAUCAGAACCUUGGUCAAGAGGAAAUUUCUUCCUCUGGUACUUCAUUCUUGAACAGAACCGAAGCUAGUAAUUGUGAGAAGAUCGUAACCAAGUUCUUUAAGGCUGGUGUUGUCCCAGCCCAAAUUGGUAUUGUUACUCCAUAUGAGGGUCAACGCUCUUACAUUGUGAACUAUAUGCAAUUUAAUGGUGCACUCAAAAAGGAACUUUACAAUCAAGUCGAAGUCGCUUCAGUGGAUGCGUUCCAAGGACGUGAAAAGGAUUAUAUUAUAUUGUCUUGCGUUCGUUCAAAUGAACAUCAAGGUAUCGGUUUCUUGUCAGAUCCACGUCGUCUCAAUGUAGCUAUGACAAGAGCGAAAUAUGGUGCCGUCAUUCUGGGUAAUCCAAAAAUCCUUUCUAAACAUCCAUUAUGGCACCACUUGCUUACACACUUUAAAGAGAAAAAGACAUUGGUUGAAGGUCCACUUAAUAACUUACAAGAGUCAAUGAUAAGGUUUAACAAACCAAGACAACCGCUGAAUAAAGCAACGCUUGAUCCAUUUUCACGAAGAUUUGAGAUAAAUGCGAGAGAGGCACUUGGUGCAGGUAUACCAGCUGCGGCUACUUCUAAUUUCGGUGGAUUACCACCAACAUUUGGUAGAAUGAUGAAACAAAAUGGUGGAGGUUAUGCUAAUUACGCUAGUUCAGUCUUAUCACAAGAUCUCAGCAGUGAUCUUGGUAGUGUAGCACCAUCAAUCAUAUCAUCUUCAAUUGCAUACUCGCAAUCUGAUAGAUUACGUGACGCAGCAGACAAUGUAGGAGGAUAUAAGGAUGAAAUUCCUGAUGAUUUACAAUCUUCAUACUCUGGUGUAACUUCUCAAGCCUUCACUGAGUUUUAGCCUGUAGCUAGUUUAUAAUGGAGGUGUUUGAUUUAAUAAUCGGUCAACGAGGCGCAUCCUGCCAGUCAGCGACACGACUUGGAUGAAUUAUUGAUGAUGUACUGUAAUAGAUUUUUGUUGAAUUGAAUGGAUAUUG